GAACUAGGGUUACUUUCUUCCCUUCGCCAUACUCUCUCGAUCGCCGUGGCCGUAGCGGUGAUCGCCGGACAGGAUGUUCGGUGCCGGAUCUACAAGCGGGGCGUUCGGGACGCCGUCCACCCCGGCAUUUUCCCCGUCGUUUGGGUCUACCUUCUUCUCUUCCCCGGCGACGGCCUCCCCGUUCUCGUCCCAACCUCAGUCCUCUCCCUUCUUCCAACCUCAGGCGACCCCUUCCCUCGGCUUCCCGACUGCGGCGCCGGCAUUCUCCGGCACACAAUUAACCACCCAGAUGGCACCCGUAGCACCUCUCCCUUUCUCCCUCGCCGAUAGGGACAUCCAGGCUAUUGUCGAUGCAUACAAGGAUGAACCUGGGAACACUAAAUAUGCAUUCAAGCAUUUGUUGUUCAGUGUGACUGAUCCAGCGGCCAGAGCAAAGCCUGUCGGUAUAUCGGACAUAAUGUGGGCAGAAGCAAUGGCGAAGUUGGAAGGAAUGGAAAGCUCAGAUCGUGAAAGGCUAUGGCCUCAGCUUGUACAAGGCUUUAAGGAUCUUUCCAAUAGGCUGAAGCUGCAAGAUGAGGCGUUAAUUUCUGACACCGAGAGACUACGGACUACACAGUCUAACGUGAAGCUGCUGCAGCGGCAUCUUAUAGCAGACACUCUUCCAUGGAUACAGAGACUGAGGCAAAAAGAGCAAGGACUUCAGAGAAGACUACUGAGGGCUAUGAGAAUAAUAGAGGCAUUGGAAGGCAAGGGUUUUCGAGUGCCUUUGACAAAAGGUGAAACUCUGGUGGCUGAAAAACUAACAACAAUAACAAGACAGCUGAAGGGGUCAGGAGCAGAACUACCUAGGAGGAUUCAAAAUUUAUUGACUGUUUCUCGGAUGCAUGCAAAUGCCAAUGGGUUUGGUAGCUCUGCAUUUCUUCUUGGAUCAACCAAAAUAGACGACCAGAGCCUUGCAGAUUUGCAGGAUGUGCUACAACAACAAACGGAAGCCAUUGAAAGGAUGGGGAUGGUUUUGAAGCGAGAUAUGAGAAAUAUGGAGAUCAUUAUGUCCGAUGAUACAGAAAUGUUGGAAAACGGUGAUGUAGAAUCUUGACCUUGUUGCUAAGUUGAAUUUGCAUAAAGGAAAAGCACAGAUGCCUGUGACGAAAAUUGUUCUUGAAGAGACAAUGGGGGACGGCUAAAUGUAUUUUUACAUGCAAUGGAGCAAAAAUUAUGGAGCCUGUUUAUUCUGCCCGCUAGUGCGCUACACAACAUUAUGUGUCCUAUAAGAAUUUAUCUGGAACAAUUUUGGUGUAUAUAUUGUUGAUUCUCUU